GUAAAUCCAAAUGGUCAAAGAAGUUUUCUUUUUUUGCUUUUUUCUUCAUCUAAAGAGAUUUUGUUUUUAGCUCAUAUUUGAGAUUUAAAAAUCUUAAUCUUUGGUUAUCCAGAAAUACUACUGAUAAACUUUCACCACCACACAGAAAAAAAGGCAAGAGGAGAGAAAAUGGAAGUCUGGUUCAUCAUCGUUGUCUCUCUUUCUCUCUGUUUUCUCUUCAACUCCCUUUUCUCUCUUCUUAAACCCGCUCAAAAACUCCCUCCUGGACCUACUACCAUUCCUAUCAUCGGCAAUCUUCUCUGGCUUCUCAAAUCCUUUUCUGAACUCGAAUCCAUUCUCCGCCACUUACGCCCCAAAUACGGCCCUAUCAUUACACUCUCCGUCGGCUCUCGCCCUGCCAUCUUCAUCUCCACUCAUUCUCUCGCCCACCAAACUCUAAUCCAAAACGGUGUUGUCUUUGCUGACCGUCCACCAGCCCUUCCUGUUAGUAAAAUCGUAACUUGUAAUCAGCAUAACGUCAGCUCUUCCUUUUACGGACCAACUUGGCGGCUUCUCCGCCGUAACCUCACUUCCGAAAUCCUCCACCCCUCCCGGAUAAAAUCGUACUCACAAGCUCGAAAAUGGGUUCUUGAUAUUCUAAUUAGCCGUCUUAAGCCUUGUUCAAAAACUGGUGAACCCUUUCUUGUUAAGCAACAUUUUCAGUACUCUAUGUUCUGUUUAUUAGUUCUUAUGUGUUUUGGUGAGAAGCUUGAAGAAGACAAAAUCAAACAGGUUGAACGAGUUCAACGUCGUGUGCUUCUAAGCUUUGAUCGUUUCAAUAUACUGAAUUUUUGGCCCAGUCUAACAAGGGUUCUGUUCUAUAAGCGGUGGAAUGAGUUAUUGAAGGUCAAACAAGAUCAAGAAAGUGUGCUGAUUCCCUUAAUUAGAGCAAGAAAAAAUUCAAAGGUUGAAACUCGUAGUAUAGAUAAAGAGGAUUAUAACAAGAAGGUGGAAAAAGAAGAGUUUAUAUUAUCAUAUGUUGAUACACUUUUCGAUUUGCAUCUCCCAGAGGAGAAUAGAAAGCUUAUAGAAAGUGAAAUUGCUAGUUUAUGCAGUGAGUUUCUUGAUGCAGGUACAGAUACUACAUCCACAGCUCUCCAAUGGAUUAUGGCUAAUUUAGUUAAAUACCCACAUAUUCAAGAAAAGCUAUUCCUGGAAAUUAAUGGGGUUGUUGGAGAUGAAGAAGUAGUUAAAGAAGAUUAUUUACAAAAAAUGUCAUAUCUAAAAGCAGUGAUUUUGGAAGGAUUAAGGCGUCACCCUCCAGGACAUUUUGUGUUGCCACAUGCAGUGACUCAAGAUACAGUUAUAGAUGGGUUUGUAGUUCCUAAAAAUGGUACAGUGAAUUUCAUGGUUGCAGAAAUGGGUCGGGAUCCUAAGGUGUGGGAAGAUCCUAUGGCGUUUAAGCCUGAAAGGUUCUUGAAUAAUGGAGACCAAGCGUUUGAUAUAACAGGAAGCAAAGAGAUAAAGAUGAUGCCUUUUGGCGCAGGGAGAAGAAUUUGUCCUGGUUAUGGUUUAGCGAUGCUUCAUUUGGAGUAUUUUGUAGCUAAUUUGGUUUGGAAUUUUAAGUGGAUGGCUGUUGAUGGAGAUGAUGUUGAUUUGUCUGAGAAGCAAGAAUUUACCGUUGUUAUGAAGAAUCCACUUAAAGCCCACAUAUCUCCAAGAAUCAGGUCAGAUGUCUGUUGAGGAGAUUUAAUUAAGGGAGAUUUAGUUGUUUCUAUGUAUAUGUAUAAUGUAUGGAAGGAAGUUUAGCAUUGGAAGUGCUUGUUAGUCUCUAGUGGGUUAAGCUCCUCUGCUAAUAUUAUUACAUAAUUGUCUUUUUGAGAAUCAAAAGAAUAAGAUUAAUUACUUGCAUAAUAAAUUUAUAUGCAUGAUUAAUUUUGUA